AUGGAAAGUAUGAGACUUGCUCAAAUUGAUAUGCUGGGUGAUUUGAAACAAGAAAGUAAUCAUAAACAAGCCUUAAUAUAUUUGAAACAAGCAGCGGUAAAAGCAGACGAAGAAUGUCCAGAACCAGUUGAUUAUGCAGCCAAGGACUUCAUAAAAAAAGCUGCAAACUUAGCUUCAGAAGUGGGCGAAGAAAAGGCAGACUUGGGAUUGAGUAGAUGGUAUCUUUGUGGAGCUAAAGGUUGUUUUGAUCCAGAUGAAGCUUUAGCUUAUGAACACACUGAAAAGGCUGCAUUAAAAGGAAUUGCAGAAGCUGAAUUUAUGAUGGGAUAUUUUUAUGAUGCGGGAAUCCAUGUGCCUGCAAAUGUUCAAAUAGCAAAUGAAUGGUUUACAAAGGCUGCCGAGAAAGGUAACGAAGAUGCAAAAAAAAAAAGAUUGGGUAAGGGAAUAACUAAUAAAGAGUUUGAAGAAAUUAUUGAACUAAAAAAACAAUCUAAAGAUUUCAUUAUAAAUGAUAACAACAACAUAAGUAUUAAUAAUGAUUUCCAACAAGAAACCAUUUCAACGACUUCUACUCCAGAAAUCGCAAUCUCUGAAAUUGAAGAAACUAAAAAAAAAUCGCCUACAGCAUCAUCACCAUUGUUAAAUAAGGAAUUUUUGACCCCACCAUCAAACGCUACUGGAAUAUCAAACAUCUUAUCAACUUCUGCUACAAAUACGCCAUCAUCGCAGCCAUCGUCACCUACGCCUACAUCUAAUUCACUACAACAACAAACAACACCUUCACCUUCCUUAUCUGCUGCAAAUGCUACCACUAUUAAUAAUAAUAUUAAAUCAUACCACACGGUCUAA